AGGCGAAAAAUGCGGCUCCCACGGCGAGCGGCACCACUGCGACAACCGGUGGCAUGUCAGGCCCAGGCAAGAGCGCUGCUCCAUUAGGCGCGUCUCCGAAGGGAAAUUCUGUGCCGGGGCAAGGAGACGCGAUGAGCUCGGCGUUCACUAUGCCAUCUCCUAGCGCCUCAUCAAAUGCUGGCGCAGCAAGCGCACAGAUGGGUACAGGUGGUGUGUUUUGGAAUACUUAUCAUUCAGCAUUCACCGGAAGUCAGGCCAGUCCAAUUUCAACCUCGAGUUCAGCGCCGCAACCUUCCCCACCUGGUAGUGCGGGUCAUGCAAGCUUCAAUAUGCAGCAUAUGCACCAUUCGUCAAGCGCUCCCUCUUCUACGAAUUUUGGUUUAGAUUUGUUUAACUAUAAUGCAGCAACAUUUUUCACGACCACUGGUGGUCCAGCAGCGGCAACCACUCCACAGUUUCCUGCACAUGCACCUGCCAGUGCAACACGCAGCAGUGUAGGGACGCCAUACUUCGAGGAGAGCGAGAAGGGAGACCGAUUGCGUCGCUUCGUUGGUGCGACCACGGGAGUGGGGGAUGCGAGUGUAGAUGGAAGUGUUUCUCAACCGUCAACAUGGUUGCAUUCUCACACGAUGGGCGCACAUGCAGGGCCAGCAGCAGCAGCAGGAGUCGCCUACUAUCCACUUACACAGCAGCUUCCAACGCAGUAUGGAUAUCAGGCGCACUUUUCAAUUUCAGUGCUGCAAUCGGGUACUCUACCCAGUGUCUUUGGCGGUGGAGGUCAACAAGAACAAUUCCGUUCGAUCUAUGAGGAGUUUGCAGAGCAGUUGCCUUUUUUCGACUUCGACAAUAGCAGGACCGAAGACCUGUCCACUGACGAAGCCUCGGCAAGUACCCAGAAUGUUCCAGCCACUUGCACUUCUUCCGUCACAAAAAAUAUAGCUGAACGAGAAAGAGUAUCUACGAAUCCGUUUGCCGCGUUUGCUUCGAGUCGUCGAGAGGCGGCAGAAAGUUCACAAAGAACAGCGGGUAGAGAUAGGCGGUCUGAGCAGCCUAGUAGAAACAAUUCCGUUGUUGAGGACCUCCAAGGCAGUGCAAAAAACGAAGAUGGUGGAAAAGGACAGAAGGAUGUUCAGACAUCACCUUCGAAAUUAUCGUGGAACCCGUUUGCGUCGUCCUCCGAUAGUGAUCACGUUACGAGUGCUCUACCUUCUGCGUCUAGGGUGGUGGUGAAUCCUCUCUCAUCUACCGGUGAUAAGCCAGUUGCAGAGUCGCAGAAACAAGCUGUGGCCCAAGGUCAUAAUCAGAGCGCUUCUGCUCGUGUAGAAGGGGAAGGUAGCACUAACAGAGGUGAUCGAACAAGCGCACCUGCGCCAUCAGGACAAGUCACGACUCCAACAUCUAAGUUACGGCCUGUAGAUGUCGUCCACAGUACAUCAAUAGUAUGCCAUCAUAGCCGUGACGAGCGGCGGGCACGCUUUGCUGCACUUCUGAAAAGCGUUACGCUUGACCAGCAGUCAGCGCCAGCUGUUGACGUAGCUGCCGUGCUUCAAAAAGGUCGUGGUCGUGUGCACGCCUCGAACACCCGAGAUACAGAAGAGGAAGAAAUCUUCACGAAAAAUCCGUUUUCAUUUGUUACUGCUCCUAGUACAUUUGAUGCUGACUUUGAUUUCUCUGCAAGUCCUUUAAUACUUCCCGAAACUGAAAGGAAAGAAAGUGAAAGUUUAGAGAAUACACCCCGCCUGCCGUGACUUCCAAAAGCAGGAUUUUUAGCUCUGUC